UUUGUAAAUCGAUCGUGUCUUCCGUAUUGGCAGGUUUUAAAUGCCCCAAAAAACUUUGUCGUGGAUCAAUAUAUGAUUAUAUCAGACAUUUAAAUGAUCUAUAUAUUAUAUUAAUAAAAUAAAAUAAUGGAAUAGGAAGCUAGCAUGUUUGUUAUGUGGAUUUAUUUAUUCAUGUUAGUAAUUACUGUGGCUGGUAAUAACAUAGAGCGAGCCACGUAUUGUUAUGGCGACAACUCGGCUGGUUCUAACAUUGUAAAUAUUACUUGUACAAGUGGCGCCGUCUAUAUCAAUGACGUCAUUGCAGCAACAAAACCUUCAUCGUUAUCAUGUGCCCCAGAGGAUCAUGUCGGAACACCUGCUCCGUAUGAGAAAUGCUGUACUUAUAAUGAAUCUGACUGCAUGAAAAGUUACUCUGGAUCAUGGGAUGCUUUCAGAGGUUGUAUAGGGAAGGUUUCGUGUACAGGGGUACCAGUUAUACGCGAUGAGCCUAUCUGUUCUCAGGGUGGCUUUCCUAGAUUUAGCAAUCAUAUGAUCCUCGAAUACUACUGCAUGCCACCUGGUGUUAUAUUUGGACCAUGCUCAACUUCUGCUGACUGCAAUGAUCCUUCAGCAAUGUGUAAUAAAACGUACUGCGCAUGUCAACCCGGAUAUACCACAUUUUAUGCUUUCGAUGAUUGCUGGAAAGAUGGUGGUUUAAACGGCUCGUGCACCGGUCCUGUCGGAUGCCAGGAUGCAAAUACGUACUGUAACUUUACUUCUGGGCGUUGUCAGUGCGACGUUGGAUAUAUUGCGCAUAAUGGGAGCUGUCGAGAAGGUGGUCACAAUUUAGGCUUCUGUAAAGACACAGCUGACUGUACAGAUCCACAAGCUUUAUGUGACACCAGCGUCUGUGUUUGUAAAGACGGGUAUACAGCAUUUGAAGAGUUUGAUGACUGUUGGAAAGAUGGUAGCUUUAACGGGUCGUGCACAGAUUCGAGUGGUUGUUAUGACAACAUUACUGUAUGCAAUACCACUGUAAACAGAUGUACAUGUAGGGAAGGGUAUUCACCUUAUGAGGGUGCAUGUUAUGCAGAUGGAGAUUUACACGGGUUAUGUAAUAAUACUAGUGACUGUGUAGAUGACAAUGUAGAGUGUAAGAACAAGAGAUGUACUUGUAUAGAUGGCUUCAGAGAUAUAUAUGGCAUUUGUCAACAAGACGGUCAUUUGAACGGUUAUUGUGAAGCAAAUGUUAUUGAAUGUGUUGAUGAUAAUACAACAUGUCAGGCAAACAAAGGCGUGUGCGAAUGUAUUCAACACUUUACUGAAGUAGACGGCGUGUGCAAGAAAGAUGGUGACCUUGGUGGUAAAUGUGUUGUUAACAGCAACUGCACAGAUGAGCAUGCAGAAUGUGUUACUCUACAGUCAAACCCAUCAUUGUCCGUGUGUUCUUGUAUACAUAACUAUACUAAUAUUGAUGGAGUCUGUAUCAAAGAUGGAGAUUUACAUGGGUUAUGUAAUGUUGAUAGUGACUGUGUAGAUGACAAUGUAGAGUGUAAGAACAAGACUUGCAAAUGUAUAGAUGGCUACAGAGAUAAAGAUGGCAUUUGCCAACAAGACGGUCAUUUGAACGGUUAUUGUGAAGGUGGUAUUAUUGAAUGUGUCGAUGAUAAUGCAACAUGUCAGGCAAACAAAGGCGUGUGCGAAUGUAUUCAACACUUUACUGAAGUAGACGGCGUGUGCAAGAAAGAUGGUGACCUUGGUGGUAAAUGUGUUGUUAACAGCAACUGCACAGAUGAGCAUGCAGAAUGUGUUACUCUACAGUCAAACCCAUUAUUGUCCGUGUGUUCUUGUAUACAUAACUAUACUAAUAUUGAUGGAGUCUGUAUCAAAGAUGGAGAUUUACAUGGGUUAUGUAAUGUUGAUAGUGACUGUGUAGAUGACAAUGUGGAGUGUAAGAACAAGACUUGUAAAUGUAUAGAUGGCUACAGAGACAUUGAUGGCAUUUGUCAACAAGACGGUCAUUUAAACGGUUAUUGUGAAGUUGGUAUUAUUGAAUGUGUUGAUGAUAAUACAACAUGUCAGGUAAACAAAGGCGUGUGCGAAUGUAUUGAAGAGUUUUCUGAAGUAGACGGCGUGUGCAAGAAAGAUAGAGAUCUUGGUGGUGUUUGUGAAGGAGACAGCAAUUGUAAAGAUAAAAAUGCAGACUGUCUUCCAUUGCAGUCAGACCCAGCACUUUCUGUUUGUACUUGUAAAGUUAAUUAUACUAAUGUAGAUGGAACAUGCAUUAAAGAUGGAACACUAUUUGGUGUGUGCAGUGUGACAGUUGUAUGUACAGACAACAACACUGAGUGUAACACAUCUACAAGUAGGUGUGAAUGUACUUCGGGUUAUACUCCAGAUGACGGUGUUUGCUAUGCAGAUGGAGACCUUCACGGGCAUUGCAAGAACGAUUCAGAUUGUGUUGAUGCAAAUACCACGUGUGUAAAUCAGAGGUGUAAAUGCAUCACUAAUUACAGGGACAUUGAUGACACAUGCCGUGAAGACCGGCACCUUGAUGGUUUUUGUGAUUCAAACAAUGACUGCGUGGAUGCAAAUACUGAAUGUGUAGAUGAUGUUUGUGGAUGUAUCAGCGGUUAUACUGCAAUACGAGAUGCUUGUUUUAAAGAUGGAGACCUAGACGGAAAAUGUACAGAAGAUAGUGACUGUCAGGAUAACAAUGCUUUCUGUGAGAUUUCUUCCUCAAACGUGGCAAUUUCAGUUUGCAAAUGCAAGACCAACUUCACAAAUAUUGACGGCAAAUGUAAACUAGAUCGUCGACUUGGUGGAUGGUGCUCAGCCAGCUUUUCUUGUUUGGAUGCAAAUUCUAAUUGCUCCAGAGAUGGCAUUUGUACAUGCAUUGCUAAAUAUUCAGAAGUAAACAACAUUUGCACAAAAGAUGAAAUGGAAGGUGGGGUGUGUGCCGGUGGUAACAGAAUGGGACAAUGUUCUGAGGACAAUACCGUUUGUGUGGCGGACACGCAGUCACAAUGUGCGGGCUCGAAUUGUAAGCCUGGUCUAUGUAAAUGUAAACAAGAUUACUCUAUAGGAUUUGAUGGUUCCUGUACAAAAGAUGGGGACAUUGGCAGUGAAUGUAACAUGAAUAAUGAUUGUAUAGAUGCUAAUGCAGAAUGUACGGGGACACCGUCUUUCUGCACGUGUUCCACGGGUUAUAGAAAUGUUGAAAAAGAUUGUAUAAAAGAUGGGGAUCCAGGUGGUAACUGCAAGGCCGGUAACAUAUGUACAGAUCUACACUCUAUAUGUGUGAACGGAACAUGUAUAUGCAAUGACGCCAGGAAUUACGUCAUCAAAAACGGCAUUUGUGAAAGAGACGACAGUUACGUUAGUGGAAAAUGUGACAGAAACAGUUGUAAUGACGUCAAUGCCGAGUGCCUUGGCGGUAAAUGUGUCUGUAAGACCGGAUAUUCUCAAAGCAAUGGUGUUUGUACUAUUGGAGAUACGUCAUCGGUGACGUCAUGUAAUGGUAGUUCACCUUACAACCAGCUGGUUCCCGACUGUGACAGCGGCAGCUCACCUAUUGUACUUGCAGAAUAUCAGCGCGUUAAACCCGCUAUUGAAAACUGUCCGGGAGAAGUUGAUAUGUAUUCCAAUACUAUUUUUACGACAUGCUGUUCUUACGCUGAUGGCGAUUGUCGUCUGCAUGGAUCAGGAGCAGACGCUUGCACCUCCGCUGACUUGGUUGGGUCGUAUACAACUUAUAACGUCAUUGAUUAUAUAUGUGCAGAAGACGAUUCCGUGAUUGAUGCAUCAACUAACGAUACCGUUUCAAACAGUCCGGUUUACGUGACAAUAUCAAAGGACGAUGCUGGUAACACUGGGGUUGAUAAAUGUUCAGUAACGGCGUCAUGUGACACAGAUAUGCUCGUUUACCUGGUGUUUUCAAACUUGAUAAAGGUAAACAGUCAGUGCAGUCAGACACUUCAAAUAAUGGAAGGAACGAAUUUCCGGAACUUUGACUGUGACAACAAUGUAGCCAAUGCAACAACUGUAGCUUACACUGCAUCAUCAGGGUUCUUCUUCAUCACCAUUAACACAUUUAUGCAAGGGAGUCGGUUUGUUUUUAAAAUCGAAGCUAAAGAGGCGACAGCAAGUGUAGAUGUUGAGUGUGGAGAUAAAGCAAAGUCUGAAAGUCCAACGUCAUUUAAGACAUGUGGCCCAGCACCUGGCCGUCUACACGGUUACUGUUCAGAUGACAUCAUAUGUAUAGACCCGCACACGACUUGCAAAAGUGGAGUGUGUGUAUGCCAAGACGGAUACAGUAUUUCCAAUUUGAAAUGUCAAAAAACCGCUACUGAAGAUACCACAGGAAAAACGGCGAUGCUGGCAGUUAUCAUACCAAUUGCGAUUCUCGUUGCCAUAGGAAUAGCCGCUGUACUAUUCUGGAUCUUCAAAGACAAAAUAAGAAAGAGACUUUGUCCGAAACAUGAGCCAGCGGCACCAAUCAAACCAGUCGUUGAAGGGCCAAACCCUAUGAAUGUAAAAUACACCGGUAGCGGCGUCCCCUCCGAUGUGAAAGUACCAAAAGCUAUGCCUCCACCUUGGUUGAAUACUGGUUGGUCUCCGUCUAACGAAAAGUUCAGUGGAAAUCUACCUAAUGAGCACAAUCCGAGAAACAAAUUGCCACCAAUUAUUCGCCCACCAGGUGUAGCCGGUACACCAAUGAAUAUGAAAUAUUCUGGAAAAUUACCGAAAGGAUCGAAUACAGGAAAUAUGGUAGAUUACCUUCUAAAAGAAGAGUUGGAAAUGAACAACAACUUGAACAAGAAAAAGCCAAAAACAAAAAAGAAUAGAAACAGUGUAAGUCCAACAGAUAUAUCACCGGACACUACAGGAGAAAGAUCAGGAAGCAAAAAAUCUAAAAAGUUUAAGAAGGCAUUACUUGGAAUCAAAGCAAAACAAGGUUUCGAAUUGCCUCGUCAACAGAAUUAUUCACAAGAAGGUGUUUUCACACCAAAUCAAGAUUUUUACAGGUACCCUAAUGGAAUGCAUGCAGUGAAUGGAACACCAAAUUUCAGCCAAACUGUUUCUGGGCCGUUUAUGUCGCCAAAUGGACAUUUACCCCCUCUAAAUAACAGUAUAGGUUCAAGUUCACUUUAUAAUGGACAACCUAACAUAAAGACAUUUGACCCGCGAGCCUCCUGGAGAACUGUUGGGACGGUUGCUUCUGUAGCUGUUCAGCCGAAGAUUAGAAGACCUUCGGUAAUAGACAUUGCCUCAGUUGACGACCCUUUCGAUGUUGAACACACUGAGCUUGACAGUAACUGACAUGAUUAUAUACUCUUCUACACCUCAUGAAUCUAAACUGAAAAAAUCAUAUUACCGUAUGUCGUGAAGAAAAAGAAAACGAUAUAAUAAGAUAUGAAAACUAUGUAAUCCAUAAAUUAUAGAUUUGUUAUGCACUAUUGCUAUAUGUUUGAGAAAACAUAGAGGAUAAAUCAUAUAAAGUCAGCAAAAUAAUCAAACAAUUAUUGAGAAUAAGGCGCACCUGUGCACAUAUGAUUAUAUAAGACUGAUACAUGUCUGUUAUCUGUGAUUGUUUUAAAUUAUUUUCUCAUCUGAAGUCCCUUGUCUAAUAAGUAAUGAAAAUGAAUUUAACUUGGUUAUACGCAGCAAGAUAGUGCAUUGUUUAAACAUUUUAUUAGAUGAAACAACUUUCAGCUAUUGAUCAAUAAAAUAUGUUUGAGUAACUUUAUUUAUGUUAUAUGACAGGAAAGAAUGUCUUUUUUCUGGAUUUUAUUUAAGUUGUAAGUAUAGGUUAGUGUUUAAAAAUAUGUAUUAACAAAAAUAAUUGGUCAAGCCUGCCGCAGGCAGGCGACCAAUUAUUUUUGUUAAUGCAUAUUAUUAAACAUUAACCUAUUUAAUGAUCAACAUUAUUUUUUCAACCAAAAACAAGGCAUUUCACUAAAUCACAGAUAUCUCCGCCUUUUCGCUCUACAGGAUGUCUACACCUUGUCAAGUUUCUAACAUUUCACAUUUAGAAAAGCUAAAUAUUUGCCCUAUCAACAAAUAAUCAGGCACAUUUUUUACUGAAAUGUCACAGAAUUUAUACUUUUAGACUAUCAUGUCUGUAAAAAAACAGCAAGGAAAUGAUGCAAUUAAGUUAAAACAAUGGAGUUAAUGAAAUAUGUACAUCCUUUAUAAAUAAAUGGAAAACGUGAGAAAAAACAUAAAAUUAAUAAUAUAUACAAAUUCGUUAUUAGCUUUAAGUUAUUCACUAAUAUUUAAAAUCUCUAUUGAUUUGCUCAUUUGAAAAACAGUUUCAAUCUAGGUUUACAGGUGGAGGGGGUCCAUUUAUUCUUAAUAUCAAGGAUUGUUAAUGCAGUUCAUUCCAUUCAACUGAAAGAAAAUUAUGUUUUUGUUACUUUUUCUAGAAAAAAAGAAGUUUAAAACAGUCAGCAAUUUAUAACAGACAUUUUUCUUAGAAAAAAAGUUCCUAUGUAAUCAUUUGUCUCUGCAUGCUCCACAUGUAUUAUCUACGUUUUACAUUAAUUGAUUGUUUCCUCACAUUUAGAAACAUCUGACCUUGCUUAAUUGUUUUUUACGUUGGCAUUGUUUUGAUAACCUAGAUAUUUCACAAUUCAGAGUGCAAAUCACACCUCUAACUCCUCCCUUAUAUAAUGCAUUAUUGAAAUUUGUGAGACUGAUUAGACGACAGAUUAACUAAAUUCUAUUUAGUUAGUACACAUUAACCAAAGUUAGGCUUAGCAGAAAUUUGAAAAAUACUACAAUGUGAUUGGACAAAAAUAAUGUUGAUCAUUAAGAAACCUUGAUAGUCACAUUACUACUUUCUUCACAGACACUUUUUUAUCUGCCAAUAUCUUUGAAAUUAAUUUGUAGCACCGAGUCUGAAUAAAGAUUUGUCUAUUUGUCCUCUUACUUUGUCACAAGUCAGAGAUUGCCAGGGUGGGUAAUUCUAUCAUCAAAAUAACUAUUUUACAAAAAAGACCUUUUACAUUUAUAUACACAUUUAUUUAUACAAUAAAAUUCAAUACAUUCACUUAAAUAAUAUAAUUUUAUCAAAUAGAAAAGUACUUAUUUGAUAGUUAUGAAGUUUUAAUUUCACUAAAGUAAUUAAGAAAUUUUAAUUAUUGUCACUGGAAAAUAUACUUAGAAAAACAUAUCAAAACACACAUAUUGUCUCUAUCGUUCAUUCCACUUAACAGUCUAUAUUGCCGUCCAAAACACUAUUUAUAAUGCCACACGAAACUGGUCCGACCUUAAAAAGGUCAAUAUUCACACUAACUUUGAAAGUCAAUCAGACCGACCAUGUAAGGUCAUAAUAAUAAAUGUUACCUCCGACCUAUAAAGGUCAAUUAUUGUAAUAAAAAAAUGUCACCUCCGACCAACAAAGGUCAAUGUAGAACAGCAAAAUAAAAGGUAACUAUUCUGCGUAGAUGAUACAAUAAAUGUUGACCCACUCUCAGCAUAAUACACAAUUGUGUGUGGUAUUCAGUUGCUGGUACUUCACGCUAAUAAAACCAUAGCAUCAUGCACGCUUUUGACAUUGAUAUGUCCUUCAACACCAUGACCUAUCAAUGAAGACAUUUUCUUACUAGAUAUUUCACACACAUUAAAUUUGAGUAGUAAUAAAAUGUAUGAAAGAAAAGUAUAGGAAAAUUAAUCCAUAUUUACAAUUUAACUUUUUAAACUUAUUCAAGAUAACAACUUUACUUUUAUCAAAUAAGUUUCCAUGUACAAAGGAAUUCAAUGAAAAACAUUUACAAUUUGCAAAUAAUUAAAUAUUUCACUUAUCCUGAUAUCUAGGUAGACAGUCACUGUUAAAUAAAGCUUGUCACUAAAAUGGCUUUAUAAAAUGAACACCAUUUUCAUUAAAUCUAAAUAAUGAAUUCUGCCAAGCUCUAACAUCAUAAUUCUUUAUAAAACUGAGCAAAACUGACUGAGUUUAAACCUAUAUGAAAUAUAGAUGACAGUACAUUUUUAACACAUUGGCCAGCUAACUAAUACAGGUAAGUGUUCACUUAGGUAUGAAGAAAAAUAUUAACACUGGUCAGUAUUACUAGAAACAGGUUUAAAAGAGAUAAUAUUUAAAAAUAGAUAAAAUAAAAUUGAUUUUGUGACAUACUUAUUUGUAAAUAAACCACAUGUACCUUUCAUGUUGGUUUUUCGUGGCCUCCAGAAGAAAAUAUGAAAUGUAAAUUAAUUUAUCUUUUUAUGAUGACUUGGUGAGCAUGGCCCUCAUUGUCCACCUUGUUGUCGGAAAUGUGCAAAAUACAUUGAAAACAUAUUUCAGUAUUAAAUUGUGUUAAUCCAAUUGCUGUACUAGUAUAUACAAAGACAUUCUAUAUAGUUCUAAGUACUGCUUAAAAAAACAACAAACGAUUAUACAUAGUAUCUGUAACAGACUGGAUACUUGCAAGUAUCUAAAAUUAUAUUUAAUAUUACACAUGGAGAUGCAUUUUCGUAAAAAUGUAUAGAUUUAAUCAAUGAAAUGUUGAAAUAAAUGUAACCAAAGCUUGUUUGUCAAUGUGUUGAUCUCGAUUUUUAUAUUUUCAAUUAUGAACAUGUCUGUCUCGUUUUAUAAAAUCUAUUGUUAUUGGCUGAUAGCCUGAUAAGGUUGCAAUACACGGCAUUAUUCUAUGAAAG